AUGAAGGAUCUAUUAUCAAGGAAGCGUAAGUUGCAGGAAUGUGAGACGGUGAAUCUGACAGAGGAAUGUAAUGCUAUCAUCCAAAAGAAGUUACCUACCAAAGUCAAGGAUCCAGGGAGCUUCACCAUUCCAUGUACUAUAGGCAAAGUGGAAGUGGACAAUGUUUUAUGUGAUCUUGGAGCUAGCAUCAAUGUCAUGCCACUCUCCAUGAUGAAGAAGCUAGGAAUUACUGAAGUGAAGCCCACAACGACGAUAGUGCAACUGGCUGACCGCUCUUCAAAGCAAGCGUAUGGCAUCAUUGAGGAUAUAUUGGUUAAGGUUGACAAGUUUAUAAUUCCUGUUGAUUUCGUCAUCCUUGACAUUGAAGAAGAUGCCACAAUUCCUAUGAUUUUUGGAAGACCCUUCUUGGCAACUUCAGGAGCACUGAUUGAUGUACUUAAAG